GAAGCUCCCCCUCUUCCUCCCCCUGACUACUAUCUGUCGGGCGGCGACAAGUCGGACGACGAGACACCGAAGGCACAGGCACUGCCGCAGGAGGCUGCAAUGGUGUACGUUCCGCCGCAGUUCUUGGCUCGGUUUCAGAGCAAGGAAUUCAGACACGUAGAGUUCCACCCCUCCCCACGAAGCAGCGUCACCAGCAGUGUGGCGGGAAGUGAUGUCGGCAGUGUACAGUCCUCCCGCGCAACUUCGCCCACAGGCACCCCUCGAAGCUCUAGUCCUGUUGGCAGGGACCACACAAGCCAAGGGGUCCAAAGCACGGCCCUUGCAUCAGCCUUGCGUGAUGCUGCAGAGAGCAGGGACACAGCACAUGGCAUGAUGCAAACUCAAAGGGACAGUCUUGCCUUCCGACUGCAGUCCCAGGGGACGCAGCUGAAGCACUCCACCACCGUGAGGAGAAAGACGUCUACAGGGGAGACGGAAGACACGGCCGAGGCAUCACACAUGGUCGCCACAGUUCAGGCCGACAGAAUCCCGUCACCGCCGCCCCUGCCGUCCUUUGGCCUGGGUUUAUUAUCUGCACACCCAGUGUCGGCCAUGUCUCCUCUAUCACCGGUGCCCGGGCAUAUGCAGUCUGGCUCACCUGGAAAUGACAGCUUGUCCUUCCGGCUUCAGUCCCAGGCAACCAAGCUGAAACACUCCACCACUGUGAGGAGGAAGACGUGCACAGGGGAGACUGAUGAUACAGCAGAGGCAUCGCAAGUGGUCGCGGCUGUCCAGGCUGAGCGUAUCCCGACGCCGCCGCUACCGGCUUUUGGUCUCAGUGCACAUGCACAGAUAACGCCACCGGCUGCACUGGCAAUUCCCAGUUCUGCACCAACUAUGGGUCUGCUGUCACACCACCCUACUGCAUCAGGCUUGCCUAUGCCACAGCUUAGUGGAAUGACUCGUCCCGGCCUUACUGGAGGCACAGCCAUGCGCCAUACAUCUGCGUCAGCCAAGGUGACACAAAAGACGAGCGUCAAAAAGGGUGACGAAACUGUGGAAAACGUCGCAGAAGCCAGCCAAGCCAUGGCAACUACGGAAGUUGUGCAGAUCCCUCCGCCGCCGCCGCUCCCAACUCCGGAACUGCUGAGACGGCCAAGUCUUCCACGAGCCACGCCACACCUGAUGAUGCAUGGGGCAGGAUUCGGACGAGUCCCCUCGCCACCGGCUUUACCGCCUAUGGACCUACUGAUGGCCGGAAUAUCAGGUGGAUUUGGACGAGUCCCCUCGCCCCCGGCUUUACCGCCUAUGGACCUACUGAUAGCCGGAAUAUCAGGUGGAUUCGGACGAGUCCCCUCGCCCCCGGCUUUGCCGCCAAUGGAGCUAUUGAUGGCCGGAAUCUCAGGUGGUUUCGGACGGCCUCAGCCAAACAUGGCUCUACAGUUAGCAGGACCAUCGGCUCUGUCAGUGCCUCAGCCCUCACUUUUGUCCCAUGGCCAUGGACAAGGCGGUGGUACUUUUAUGCGGAGCACUACUGCUUCCAACAAAAUGACGCACAAGACUAAGGUCACAAAGGGCGAUGAAACGGUAGAAAAUGUGGCAGAGGCCAGCGAAACCGUUGGUACAAUAGAGGUUGGCCAUAUCCCUGAACCGCCACCACUCCCAACGCCAGAGCAGCUAAGGCGUCCAAGUCUUCUACCUGCGGCGCCACAGCUUAACAUGGCACUACAAAUGGCAGGUUCUUCGGCUCUAGCAACCCCUCAGUACCCGCCUUCUUUGAUAUAUCCAGGCCAUGGACACAGCGGUGGUACUUUUAUGAGGAGCACUACUGCUUCCAACAAAAUGACGCACAAGACUAAGGUCGCAAAGGGAGAUGAAACGGUAGAAAAUGUGGCAGAGGCCAGCAAAACCGUGGGUACAAUGGAGUUUGGCCAUAUCCCUGAGCCGCCACCACUCCCAACCCCAGAGCAGCUGAGGCGGCCAAGUCUUCCACGAGCCACGCCACACCUGAUGAUGCAUGGGGCAGGAUUCGGACGAGUCCCCUCGCCACCGGCUUUACCGCCUAUGGACCUACUGAUGGCCGGAAUAUCAGGUGGAUUCGGACGAGUCCCCUCGCCCCCGGCUUUACCGCCUAUGGACCUACUGAUGGCCGGAAUAUCAGGUGGAUUCGGACGAGUCCCCUCGCCCCCGGCUUUGCCGCCAAUGGAGCUAUUGAUGGCCGGAAUCUCAGGUGGUUUCGGACGGCCUCAGCCAAACAUGGCUCUACAGUUAGCAGGACCAUCGGCUCUGUCAGUGCCUCAGCCCUCACUUUUGUCCCAUGGCCAUGGACAAGGCGGUGGUACUUUUAUGAGGAGCACUACUGCUUCCAACAAAAUGACGCACAAGACUAAGGUCACAAAGGGCGAUGAAAUGAUAGAAAAUGUGGCAGAGGCCAGCGAAACCGUUGGUACAAUAGAGGUUGGCCAUAUCCCUGAACCGCCACCACUCCCAACGCCAGAGCAGCUGAGGCGGCCAAGUCUUCCACCUGCGGCACCACAGCUUAACAUGGCGCUACAAAUGGCAGGUUCUUCGGCUCUAGCAACCCCUCAGUACCCGCCUUCUUUGAUGUCUCCAGGCCAUGGACACGGCGGUGGUACUUUUAUGCGGAGCACUACUGCUUCCAACAAAAUGACGCACAAGACUAAGGUCACGAAGGGAGAUGAAACGGUAGAAAAUGUGGCAGAGGCCAGCGAAACCGUGGGUACAAUGGAGUUUGGCCAUAUCCCUGAGCCGCCACCACUCCCAACCCCAGAGCAGCUGAGGCGCCCAAGUCUUCCACAAGCCACGCCAAACCUAAUGAUGCAUGGGGCAGGAUUCGGACGAGUCCCCUCGCCCCCGGCUUUACCGCCUAUGGACCUACUGAUGGCCGGAAUAUCAGGUGGAUUCGGACGAGUCCCCUCGCCCCCGGCUUUACCGCCUAUGGACCUACUGAUGGCCGGAAUAUCAGGUGGAUUCGGACGAGUCCCCUCGCCCCCGGCUUUACCGCCUAUGGACCUACUGAUGGCCGGAAUAUCAGGUGGAUUCGGACGAGUCCCCUCGCCCCCGGCUUUACCGCCUAUGGACCUACUGAUGGCCGGAAUAUCAGGUGGAUUCGGACGACCUCAGCCAAACAUGGCUCUACAGUUAGCAGGACCAUCGGCUCUGUCAGUGCCUCAGCCCUCACUUUUGUCCCAUGGCCAUGGACAAGGCGGUGGUACUUUUAUGAGGAGCACUACUGCUUCCAACAAAAUGACGCACAAGACUAAGGUCACAAAGGGCGAUGAAAUGAUAGAAAAUGUGGCAGAGGCCAGCGAAACCGUUGGUACAAUAGAGGUUGGCCAUAUCCCUGAACCGCCACCACUCCCAACGCCAGAGCAGCUGAGGCGGCCAAGUCUUCCACCUGCGGCACCACAGCUUAACAUGGCGCUACAAAUGGCAGGACCUUCGGCUCUAGCAACCCCUCAGUACCCGCCUUCUUUGAUGUCUCCAGGCCAGGGACAAGGUGGUGGUACGUUUAUGAGGAGUACUACUGCUUCCAACAAAAUGACGCACAAGACUAGGGUCACAAAGGGAGAUGAAUCAGUAGAAAAUGUGGCAGAGGCCAGCGAGACCGUGGGUACAAUGGAAUUUGGCCAUAUCCCUGAGCCGCCACCGCUCCCAACCCCAGAGCAGCUGAGGCGCCCAAGUCUUUCACGAGCCACACCACACCUAAUGAUGCAUGGGGCAGGAUUCGAACGAGUCCCUUCGCCCCCGGCUUUGCCGCCUAUGGAGCUACUACUGUCCGGAAUAGCAGAUAUAUCCGGACGGGUUCCGUCUCCUCCUGCGCUGCCGUCGAUGGAGUUUCUGAUGUCUGAAAUCAGAUAUACAUCUAGACAAGUCCCCAAUCCUCCUGCUUUACCAACAAUGGAGUUUCUGAUGUCCGGAAUCUCAGGAUUCCCGGAGCGAGAUGCCUCCCAGGCGUCGCCGCGGCCACUUUUGGAUCUGGUCGGCUCCGGGGCCAUGCAGCCGGUACCAGAUCCAAACCGACAGUACACCGUCAUGUCAAUGUACGCCGCGCAGGAAUCCACCUUGUCUCAGAAGAGAACCGUCACCCAUCGUGACGAGGGCACAGAACACAGCACGGCAGAGGAGUUCAGCAUCGGGACAAAAGCAGCCGUGCUGCACACUAACAUCCCGGAACCCCCUCUACUGCCAAUGCUUAAGUAUUUUGUCCAAAAGCCUUAUGACCAUCCCCAGGACACAUUUGAACACCAGAUAACACAGACAGUAGACAGGUUCUUCCGUCGAAGGGAAUUGUCCAUAAAGCUCCAUCAGGACAAAGAGGAUGUCACAGAAUUUCUCCUCGGGCUCGAAGAAGACAAGUCACAGAUUUCGUCGGAGAAACUCGAGGAGGUGAGAGCAGAGGCAAAUGAAGAGCUUGCGACAAUCAACGCCAGUAUCUCCAAUCUGCUGAUGACGACAUCAUUAAGGAAUGUGGUCGAAAACUCAGGGUCCCAGUGCUCUGAAGAAUCACUAGAACCAGGCGUGGUAGUGUCGGCUGAUGACUACCAGACGGCUACAGAGUGGAUAAAAUCGGACAGUAAAUUGACCAUGAAUCUGGAACGCCCAUCCUUGCAUGAGCUGCAAGGGGCAGAACAACACCAACUCUCACUUUGUAACCACACUGACCACGGUGAAAGCGCUUGGUACCAGUGCGACAACAACUACCAGGUUGUGCAUGGGGAGGAUACCCCCUGCUGCAUGAUAGACCACGCCCACCACUGGACGUACGAGCCCACCAGAUUCAAGUGCGGGAGUUGCAACGAGCCCCUGCUUAUAAAAUACCAUAUAGAAACUGACAGUGAGGAUGACGACGAGAAGGACGAGGGGCAUAAAAAAGUCCCCGUGCCUAUAUGCAACACCAAAAAGCACGGCCAUGAGCAUACAUGGACGUACCGCACCAUAAGAAUGACAUGCAAACAAUGUCACGUGACGAUGGUGAUGAAAAUGCACCUAGAAAGUGACGACGAAGAUGAAGUACCCGUUGAGAGGUCGGUUCCAAUCCAUCAUAGGGCACCGCGGAAAGAUCCCCGCACCCACACCCGUAGGAUAAAGUCCCGUUCGGAAGACAGCGCCUCACAGAUUCCGCUGGUCCGGAAACCAAGUCAAACCAGCGAAAGGAAGUAUCCGUACAGACAGCCAGGCAAGAAAGCCUAUUCCAGCGGCAAAGAAAGGCCCUCACGGAGCCUGCCCAAACCAAAGAUUGUCGUGACUCCAGAGAUGCGGCCUCAGUCUGCGUCUGAGACGGAGUUGGCAUCAGGAAUGGCGAAGGAUCAGUCGUCCAAGACCCAGGGUCGGACUUCCCUGAAAAACGUGUACAUACAGACAGCAGGUGGUUCAACAAGUCCACCUGGAUCUGUGGCUGGAAAAACUGGCAAGCAGUCAGCGAAGGGCUCGGCUGAGCCCGCAGCUAAAACACAGAAGGACACUGUGAAGGGCGGCAAGGCGGGUAUGAGGCGCAAAGAGAAUUCCAAGAAAGUUUGGGAUGCCCUUGUUGGCGACGACAAUGAAAGUGGAAGCUCCAAGGCGCAAGCCACCCCGUCCAAGUAUGCUAAAAAGCCUGAUUCAGCAUCUAAGGAUGCUGCAGCAAAGAGGUCUGGUCCGAAAGCUUUCACUAAAAAGGACAUGUCAUCCAAAUUAAAGGGGUCACAAGAAGCAGGAGCCUCGGGCACUCCUAAGAAGGUCGUGGUAACGUCCAAGGACUUACCUUCUAAACCCACAAGUAAAGUAGCAAGUGCAUCGAGCACCACCAAAUCUUCACCACCUUCUAAGGAAGCAAAUCUUCCAGUCACAGGUCUGGACAGAUCUGGACAGACAAAAGAGUCCACACAAGACAAGAAAGAAAAGCCAAGUCUUGGGGCUUCACAAAAAGGAGCAAACGUGCCGAAAGCUGGACCGUCCGGAGACCAGACCGCAAAAUCAGCGCCUACGAAAAUCUCGCAAGCGACAAAAGGCGUAGAUGUUAAGGGGGAAACUCCCAUUAUGAGGACUACUGCACUGUCGCCAAGGCAUGCAGACAUGCAAUCAACGGACAAGAAGUCUCUCAAAGAAACAGCGCCUUUGCUCUCGAAAAUUCCACGACCGGUUCAAGACACGACUGUUAAACGAAAAGAUCCCACGAUGGGGACAACAGCAUUGUCACCAAGGCGCACAGGCAUACAGGCAACAGACAAACCUGUCAAACAGACCUCACUAUUGCCUACGAAGAUUCCGCAACCAUCUCAAGGCACUGCUGUUAGGCGGAAAGUUCCCACGAUGGGGACAGAAGCAUUGUCACCAAGGUGCACAGACAUACAGGCAACAGACAAAUCUGUCAAACAGACCUCACUAUCCCCGAUGAAGAUUCAACAACCGUCUAAAGACACUACUGUUAAGCGGAACACCCCCGUGAUGGACAGGACUCCAGUGUCACAAAGGCACACAGGAGCGUCUCAAGGAGUCCCAGCCAAAUCUGAGCCCAUGAAGACUGUACAGUCAGCCAAGGACUCUGCCGACAGGCCAAGGACUCCCCGUAUGGAGUCGACUGCACAGACGGCUGGACCGCCAAUGGUCCAGACCAGACCUACAGCAGAACCUCCAAACGCUGAACAAUCCUCCGAGCCAGACACUCCUGAGCAUCAGCGUCCAUACGGCUGGGUGUCGUCGGGGAUAAAGAAGUAUAAUGAUGUGGAAAGGGCACGGCUGGAUGCGGAGGUUAACCACUACUGGGGUACCAAGUUCUCCAGAGAUAGGGAAAAGCCAUGGUGGAAUAUUGAGGAUCCAGAAGAACGUGAGAGAGCACGGCUUCGCCAGGACCGGUCUCAGACAAACAUCCGGCGGGCCGAAUCGUCAGGCAGGGAGCCCGGUGCAACCUCUGCCUCCUACAAGCCACCUGACAUCGAGAAACAAGUGACCUAUGAUGUCGACCGAUCACCGGCGAUGUUACCCGGUCACUUCGGGGCGUCAACAGGCGUCCGGUCCAGACCGAGCAUGCCGGGCACGGGCUUAGUACCGAAGAAACUGGACAUGGAAGUCUUCGACUCGUCAGAAGACAGCGAAGAUGAGGUAGACUUGGACAAACCCGUCUCAGCGGAGGAUCUGAAAGAUGACAAGUAUUGGCAAGCCUUGGAGAAGAAGGCGUACACCAUGGUGAAGAAAAGUAUGGAACAACUGGAGACUGUAGAGGAGGGCUCUGCCGAGGACGAGACACCAGUGCAGGAAGCUUCUUCCACAGUGAAGAAACCUUCCAAGUUCUCUGAAAUGUUCCAGUCAAGGAAAGAAAAGGAGAGGAAAAGAGAGAGAGAGGCCAGAGAAAGGGCCAUGGAGGAAGCGAGAAAGGUGGAAGAGACGUUCCCGCACAAGUCAGACACCCCGACCGAAAAACCGUUCUAUGGUCCACCGCUUCCCCCGGAGAUGCAGAAAAAUACUCCGGAGAAGAAGAAAAAGGACUUGACAAAAAAUGGACACCAGGGAAAGCCUACGCUGGCUGCUAGUAAAGCAAAAGAGGAAGAACCAACCAAAUCUGAGCCCAUGAAGACUGUACAGUCAGCCAAGGACUAUGCCGACAGGCCAAGGACUCCCCGUAUGGAGUCGACUACACAGACGGCUGGACCGCCAAUGGUCCAGACCAGACCUACAGCAGAACCUCCAAACGCUGAACAAUCCUCCGAGCCAGACACUCCUGAGCAUCGGCGUCCAUACGGCUGGGUGUCAUCGGGGAUAAAGAAGUAUAAUGAUGACCAAAGGGCACGGCUGGAUGCGGAGGUUAACUACUACUGGGGUACCAAGUUCUCCAGAGAUCGUGAAAAGCCAUGGUGGAAUAUUGAGGAUCCAGAAGAACGUGAGAGAGCACGGCUUCGCCAGGACCGGUCUCAGACAAACAUCCGGCAGACCGGAUCGUCAGGCAGGGAGCCCGGUGCAACCUCUGCCUCCUACAAUCCACCUUGCUUCGAGAAACAAGUGACCUAUGAUGUCGACCGAUCACCGGCGAUGUUACCCGGUCACUUCGGGGCGUCAACGGGCGUUCGGUCCAGACCGAGCAUGCCGGACACGGGCUUAGUACCGAAGAAACUAGACAUGGAAGUCUUUGACUCGUCAGAAGACAGCGAAGAUGAGAUAGACUUGGACAAACCCGUCUCAGCGGAGGAUCUGAAAGAUGACGAGUAUUGGCAAGCCUUGGAGAAGAAGGCGUACGCCAUGGUGAAGAAAAGUAUGGAACAACUGGAGACUGUAGAGGAGGGCUCUGCCAAGGACGAGACACCAGUGCAGGAAGCUUCUUCCACAGUGAAGAAACCUUCCAAGUUCUCUGAAAUGUUCCAGUCAAGGAAAGAUAAGGAGAGGAAAAGAGAGAGAGAGGCCAGAGAAAGGGCCAUGGAGGAGGCAGGAAAGGGGGAAGAGACGUUCCCGCACAAGUCAGACCCCCCGACCGCAAAACCGUUCUAUGGUCCACCGCUUCCCCCAGAGAUGCAGAAAAAUACUCCGGAGAAGAAGAAAAAGGACUUGACAAGCCAUGGGCACCAGGGGAGGCCUACGCUGGCUGCUAGUAAAGCAAAAGAAGAAGAACCAAGCACUUCUAAGAAAUCUGGCGGCACACUCACCCCAACUAAGCUUGUCCGCAAAAUGAAGGUUGGCGUCAAUAAGGUCAAAAAUUCGAUUGAAUCUAAGCUAUCAGGAGAAGAGAGCGACUCAAUGUCGAAUGAUUUGUCGACAUAAAUAUAUUAUUGGCGUGGCAAAAAAAUCUAUGUGUUUGUUACUCACGUUUGAUGUUUGGAAUAGAAUAUCAGAAACACAUUGAACAUAAAAAAAUGAAAGCGAUGCAUACUUGAAGCCACGAUGAAAAAGGAAAAUGAAGGAAUCAAGUGCAUCUUAGGUCGCAAAGACCUUAUAGCAACUGCGCAGCAAGGGGACCCAAUUUAAGCAGUUUCUGUUAAGUCAAAUAACAAUUGGUUGCCAGGCAUAGAUAUAUGCAUGUACGAUGGUAGUAUCUAGUGUUGUAAAGCUGUGUAUGCAUUGGUCACACAUGCUGUCAGUGUGAGAAUUUCUUAUAUCGGCAUUGAAAGGAAAUGUACUAAGCACCGUUGUAAGUUGUAAAUUGUAUGUGACUGACAAAAAUGAUACUAAUGUUAACGUCUCUGCAACAGCAUCAAUGUCAAUACACAACUUUAAAUGGAUUUUAUGCUACAUAGCUUCCUUCAUGAAUGUAAAAUACUUGAGUCCACUACACCAUGACUGAAGAUAGUGUGUGUAUACAAUUCAUGUAUAUAUGUACAAUAUAUGUGUGUCUGUCUUUGUAAAUUGUAAAAAAAAAAGAGACAAAUGUGUUAUCAAGAAUAAACAUUCACGCCAAUUUA